UGUCGCACACACACACACACACACACACACACACACACACACAGAGUCAACCACACGAAGAACAGUUAUUACUUUAUGCGCAUCUUCCAUUCCAGAUCUGUGUCUUUUAGACCUGAGAUUCAUCUCCAUCCUCUUUAUCUUGUUUGACACACAUCUAAAAUACAUUCAGAAUCACCUUAACACCAGGUGAAGAAUAACAGACCUUUAAUCAUCAGUUCUACAUUGCAAUGUGUUCUUUUCAUUCCCGUUCCUAACUCUAACUUCAGUCAGGAGUGAUGUAAGGUCACCCAACAGCAACACAUGGCAAAACACAUGAAAGCUGGGAUUAAAAACCAGUUUUCUUUUAUUGCACUUGUGCUUUUUGUUGUUCCAAUUGCUUCCAUUGUUUCCCUCAUCUGUAAGGAUGCUUUGGAUAAAAGCGUCUGCUAAAUGAAUAAAUGUAAAAUGUACAUAUAAAAACAGCCAAAUAUUACAUCAUUCAGUUUCUCAAAUGGUUCAAAAAGCACGUGAAAACACAUUAGUAUUGUCUUAUUUCAAAUGAAUACGAAGUUCUUGCGGAGGUCUGAAAACAUUGCAUCUUAUUUUGUUGCAAAUCAACAUUUUAUUUGGGAGAAAUAUUGUUGAAAAUGACACGUUCAUUCUGAUCUCUCUCUCUCAGUUUAUGUUGCAUCAGCAAUUUCUACUUAGUGACAUUUAAUUCUCGGUUGGUUUCACACAGGUCCUGGUUGACGCUUCAUGUUAAAGUGUUUAAAUUUAAAGGUGACGUGUCAUUUCUGCACUACUGACCCCUCAGACUUUCACAGCUCCACAACUCAAACCUCAUGUUUACUUUACAUUAUCUGUUUUACGGGACUAUAAAAGUGAAGAUAUGUCUGUUGAAUAAAUACAUUUUCAAAAAAAAUGCUUUAAUCAUUAACAGUGUCAAGAGCUGAUCUAUUAUUUGUCACACAUGAACGACGUGAGUGUGUGUGUGUUUUAUUUAACUUGCUAGCGGGCUGUAUGAAGCAUUACACAAUAUAUUUAUAUUGUCGUUUCACUGAUAUUUUUGCUUUCAAUCUUAGUGCAAAUGAAAAAAGCAACUGAUUUAACAUGUAAUUUUUGUAAGAGUCAUUUGUUAUUUCAUCAGAGGAAUCAAUAGGAGACGUUAAAAGCAAACGAGUCAUUAUUGAUUGUUUUUAUCUCGUGCUGUCACGUAAAUGUCAUCAGAUGAGCAUCAGAAUCGAAUCUGACCCGCACAGACGCUUUAAUGAUGGUCACAUCACUGACCAGAGCACAAACUGCUGUCUUGUCUGUCUGUCUGUCUGUCUGUCUGCGCAGUUGUGUGCAGGAGGAGAAUGAUGAGCUGCACAGGCGUCUGAUCUACACCUCACAUCAACUACAUACGCUGGAGAAAGAGUUUGACUCAAGCUGUCAGUACCUGGAGACUGAACUACAACAAACUCAAGACGAACUCGAGAAAUUCACUGAGAAACUGCACAGGAUUCAGAGCAGUUACACAACUCUACAGAGAAUAAAUCAAGAGCUGCAGGACAAAAUCCAGAGAAUGACGAAGCUUCAUGAAGAGGAGACGAGAUCUUUGAAUCGAGAGAUCCUUGUACUGAAGAACCACCUGAUCGAUGCCAACGUCACCAUCCACAAACUACAAGAAGAUAAUGAAUUGUACAGGAGAGAUUGUAAACUUGCUGCUCAACUGCUGCAGUGUGGAAAAUUGUGUCCUAACAAACCAUUGGAGGUCAAUCACACACACACACACAUUCAUAUUGAUCCUCAUACAUUCACACAACGUUGUAGUAUUCACAGUCUCUCUGCAGGGCUUCUUCUAUAAA